CGUCCUGACGGUUGACGGCGCAGUGACCGAGCUAGUGCGAGUGACUGUGUCACUGUCAUCCUUUUUUUUUUUGACUUUUGACGUGCCAGCUGUCCGGUCAGUUCCUGCAUGCUAGUCAAUCCAUUUCCAACCCAAAUCCAAAGUAAUUCAACUAGAUAAACUCCAAUGCAAGACUAGUUAGGCCUCACACCGAGCUAAACGCGCACUAUUUUCUCCUUUGAAAAGCUAAUUAGGCAUGAAAAAAGUCAAGAACUACUGUAAGUACUACAGUACUUCUUGUUACGCCGAAAGAACUACCUAAUUUGACGAGGCCCGGGCGCGAUUCCAACGGAUCGGAUCGGGACUAGCAGUAGUAGAUUCGCGUGACCUACACUGCCGCGCUGCAUUAUUCGGCGCGGGCCCUACGGGUUGGUGGCUUGGCUUGGAUAGCUGGGACGACGUGUGUUGCCAGCCGCUACGGGCGGAACCGAAGGCUGCGGCCCUGUGAGAUUUGCUCGCUAGGAUUCCCUUGCUCUCUAGCUAGGACGCGCGCUCGGUGGCACGCGAUCCAGCUUGGCUGACGGGGCCUUGCCUUUGGAGCUACGUGGAUAUUGCAAAAAUCUGUGGAUUUGUGGUCCGUGAGCCUGAGACUGCCUCAACAAUCGUCCGUGGCUCCAUGCGCCCCCUUGUGAUUUCUCCCGAUCUAGAUCGUUGCCAAUAAUGAUUGUUUUUCUAUGUGGUUUCUUGUGAGAAACCUAUUUAAUACCUCAUCAUUGGUUGGGAUGGUUAUUUUUGUACUUCACAUGUACAGCGCGUAUGUAGCCAUACACAAAUAUGCAAGUCCUGGAUCGUGAUGGAGCCAAUGCUGGCUUCAGUUUUGCACAGGCAACGAAUUUAUGAAGGAAUGGAGGAGGAGUCACAGGGAAGCCACCCUGCUGGAUCCCGUGGUGGUGGAAGCGGCGCCGGAUUCCCUGGACGCGCUCAUGGCGGAGAUGGGCGCCAUGCUGGCGUCCUACGACGCCCGGCUCGACAUGGAGGCCGUGGCGAUCAAGAUGAUGGCCAUGUUGUUGAAGAUGGAUCGGAAGGUAAAGUCAUCGAGGGUCCGGGCGCUGUUCAACCGGCACCUGGCCUCGCUGGGCGUCCCCAAGAGCGUGCACUGCCUCACGCUGCGCCUGGCCGAGGAGUUCGCGGUGAACUCCGCGGCGCGCUCCCCGGUGCCGCCGCCGGAGCACGCGCCCCGCCUCACCGACGCCUCGUACCUCCACGUCGCGCUCGUCACCGACAACGUGCUCGCGGCCGCCGUGGCGGUGGCCUCCGCCGUGCGGAGCGCCGCCGACCCUGGCAGGCUGGUGUUCCACAUCGUCACGGACAAGAAGAGCUACGUGCCCUUGCACUCGUGGUUCGCGCUGCACCCGGUGUCGCCCGCCGUCGUCGAGGUCAGGGGCCUGCACCAGUUCGACUGGCGCGACGCCGGCGUCAUCGCCUCCGUCAUGAGGACGGUCGAGGAGGUGCAGAGGAGCUCGCUGGACUAUCACCAGUGUGAUGGAUCAGCGGAGAGGGAGCACAGACGGCUCGAAGCGUCCAAGCCGAGCACGUUCUCGCUCCUGAACUAUCUCAAGAUCCAUCUCCCAGAGUUCUUCCCUGAGCUUGGGCGGGUGAUGCUCCUCGACGACGACGUCGUGGUGCGCAAGGACUUGACCGGGCUGUGGGAGCAGGACCUCGACGGGAAAGUCAUCGGCGCGGUCGGCGCUCACGAAGGAGGCGGCAUCUGCAUCGACAAGACCUUCGGCGACCACCUGAAUUUCUCGGAUCCUGCCGUGUCGGGCGUCCACAGCUCGCAAUGCGCGUGGUCGUGGGGCAUCAACAUCGUCGACCUCGACGCGUGGCGACGAACAAACGUCACCGAGACGUACCAGUUCUGGCUACAAAAGAACCGGGAGUCGGGCUUCAGGCUGUGGCAGAUGGCCUCGCUGCCGCCGGCUCUAAUCGCGUUCGACGGGCGCGUGCAGGCGAUCGAGCCGCUGUGGCAUCUGCCGGGCCUCGGCUGGCGCGUGCCGGACCCCAAGCUGCUGGAGUUCGCCGCCGUUCUGCACUUCAGCGGGCCGCGGAAACCGUGGCUGGAGGUCGCGUUCCCGGAGCUGCGGCAGCGGUGGCUCGGCCACCUGAACGCGUCAGACAGUUUCUUACAGGGAUGUGGUGUGCUGGAAUGGCAGGAAUUGGGAACAGCAGAACAUCGAGUUGGGAGGGAAAAGAACUAAAGAAGUACAGUAAUUUGGUUCAGGUGCAGAGCUGGGGUUAUGGGAGAGGGAAGUAGGUGUUGCCUGCAGUCUCUCCUCACCUUCAGGUUCUGCAGUCUGCACACGGGCAAUAUAUUAUAAGUUCAGAGUGACAGUAUCACACUAGAACUGCUUGAUGUAUAUACUGAAUUAUUGAUCAUGGGGUAUUUAUUUUGGGUCACAGAGUAAACUUCACAAAACUUUCAAAGAACCUAAUUUAGGAUUCAUCUUCAUCAUCUAUAAGAUGUACAAUAUAUGGUUAUUUGAAAUUUAGUUGAUAUGCAA